AACAGACUUUGAUCGAGUUGAAAAAGCUACAAAGUAGCGCUGUAGCAACCCUCCCCAGUGGAUCAUGGGAAAUGAAGUACUAACCCAUGUUUCUUUAAUGCGCAUGCGCAUUUCUACGUCCAACACAAAGCGACGGAAGUGGAAGUUAAAGUCGCGGUGCUCCACACAUUGCGAUAUUUACUUUUUGAUUGUUGAAUGGUUUUGGGUUUGCAAUGGUUGAGGAGGUACAGAAGCAUUCUGUGCACACCCUGGUGUUCAGGUCCCUGAAGAGGACUCAUGACAUGUUUGUGGCGGACCAUGCCAAAUCUAUAGCCAUGGACGACAAGAGCCACAAGCUCAAAAUGGAUGCAAAGCUCCGAGCUGAUUAUUUUGCAGUCCUUCAUAUGCCUGUUAUUAAAGAGGGAAAAGAUAAAGCUUUGCAUAAUGCGACCGAUCCAUACGGACAUGACGGUUUCUCAACAAACCCUGGUCAAAACUCUGAUUAUGUUAUAACUGGGACCCACCCCUAUCCAUCUGGACCAGGUAUAGCGCUAACUGCUGAAACACAAAUACAGAAGAUGCCAAGUGACAUUGGAGUUCAGUCUUUGGCACUUGCCCUUCCUCCUUCACAAUCCAGGCAAGAAGCAAGUCGUGUUGCACCUAGUGUGUCCGACAUCCUUAGGCAUGCAGGCAAUGCAGAAAGAUCCCAGCCACCUGGGCUGUCUAUGUCGCUUUUGGAGGCAGGAGGCACAAAGAGUUCUUCCUUGAUAGCUAAGAAGGCACCAACAAUGCCAAAACCACAGUGGCAUCCACCUUGGAAACUUUACAGGGUAAUUAGUGGCCAUUUAGGAUGGGUGAGAUCGAUUGCAGUGGAGCCUGGAAACCAGUGGUUUGUUACUGGGUCGGCUGAUAGAACAAUCAAGAUCUGGGACUUGGCAAGUGGCAAAUUGAAAUUAUCUCUUACUGGGCACAUUAGCACCGUGAGAGGGGUUGCUGUUAGUUCACGGAGUCCAUACCUUUUCUCCUGUGGAGAAGAUAAGCAGGUUAAAUGCUGGGACCUGGAGUAUAACAAGGUUAUUAGACAUUACCACGGUCAUCUCAGUGCCGUAUAUGAUAUUGAUUUGCAUCCAACAAUUGAUGUUUUAGUUACCUGCAGCAGAGACUCUACAGCUAGGGUUUGGGAUGUCAGAACUAAAGCAAACGUUCAUACGCUGUCAGGACAUACCAACACAGUGGCAACUGUCAGGUGCCAGUCAGCAGAGCCUCAGAUUAUUACAGGAAGCCACGACACUACCAUCCGAUUAUGGGAUUUGGUAGCUGGGAAAACCAGGGUAACGUUGACUAACCACAAGAAAUCUGUUAGAGCUCUUGCCUUGCAUCCUAGGCUGUACACAUUUGCUUCUGGUUCACCAGACAACAUCAAGCAGUGGAAAUUUCCAGACGGAAGUUUUAUCCAAAACCUUUCAGGCCACAAUGCUAUCAUCAACACACUUGCUAUAAAUUCUGAUGGAGUUCUUGUUUCAGGAGCUGACAAUGGCACUAUCCACUUGUGGGACUGGAGGACUGGUUACAACUACCAGAAGAUUCAUGCAGCUGUACAGCCUGGGUCACUGGACAGCGAGUCUGGAAUCUUUGCUUGUGUUUUUGAUCAUUCAGAGUCCAGGCUAAUCACUGCUGAGGCCGACAAGACCAUCAAAGUGUAUAAAGAAGAUGACACAGCGACUGAGGAAACACAUCCAGUAAGCUGGAAGCCAGAGAUUAUGAAGCGAAAGAGAUUUUAAAAGAAUUGACAUUACUCAUUCACCCCAAGGACAUCUCAAGAAGUGGUACAUUGUUUGUGCAGCAACAAAACACACAUUAUUUGUUUCGGUCGUCACCCCGUCUCAUGUAACAGUCAGUAACAGUGUAAACUUGGCAGAUUUUUUUUUUUCUUUUUUCCUUUUGACAGGAGCAUGUGCUCCAUUAAAAUUGGCCAUUUUUAACA